AUUAUUAAUCGUUAUUAUUAUCUACUUGUUAUCAUCGUGACUAUUUCCUUUACCACCUAUAAAUUAUUGGAAUGUUUCAGUAAAGAAAAAAAAAAGUAAAGAAAUAAUUACUAGGAUAUUGGACUCGAGUAGUACUCUCUAACCAGCUGGCACUUGGCAAUAUGUCUGUUGUCAAUCAAAUAAAGCAUUAUCAGCAAAGUAUUGAAAAAUGCCCCAACAACGAGUCCAGGCUUCUGCACUGUAUCGAAAAACUGUACAAACUUCCAGUCACUGUGCAGCAUCUGCAGGACACAGGAGUAGGAAGAACUGUUAAUGCCCUUCGAAAAUACGAGGGGACUGUUGGUGACGCAUCCAAGGCCCUAGUAGCAAAAUGGAAGACAAUGGUAGUGGAUGAGGAGAGCAGUGAUGCCGAGGACGAUGAUGAUCAGAAUCUACCAGACGUACCCGAACCGUACAGUGAUAACUCAGAUCUUGGUAUUGACAAAACUCCGACUUCCAGUGAACUAAACAAAGGGUCGGAAAGAAGUUUUGAGAAAAGCGCUGUGAACAAGCACAACAGUCACUCUUCAAACUCGAAAUUUAAAGGAAAUUCUCAAUCAGAGUAUGAUAAAAAAUCUGGCAAAUCAUUUCAAGAUUCGUCAAGUGAAAAGAAGAAUAAAAAUGACAAAGAGAAAUCAAAGUCAAUGAAAGCGAAGGAGAAAGAGAGACAUGGUCCGCGGAAAGAAGUGCAUCAAGAUUCUCAGAAGAUUUAUCCAUCCGAUGGCAUAAACAAGGAAAUCCCAAAACCAAAUGUUCAUCUAUCAAAAGAAAACAAACAGGUAAACGGCAGCGAUCAAAAUCGAAAGCGAAAAUAUGAGUUGUCAAAUGUAUCAAAAAUUGCAGAAAAACGGCAAGAUAAUAAUUCUACAGCACAUGAACAUUCAAGGGUUGAUGAUAAAAUUUAUCCGAAAUUUUCCGUUGACACAACAUCCGUUUCUCCCACCAGAAAAACAGAAAAUUUGAUUUCGAAAUCUAGAGUAAACCGAAAGGAUUCGAAACGAGAAAAACAUACUGACAAAUCGCCAUUAAACAAUCACGAAUAUCGUUUAGAUAAGUCGAAUAAAAAAAAACACUCGACUCGUGAUAAUUUAACUGGUUCAUCCUCUUUUGUUCCUUUUUCUUCGUCCUCUUCUGCUUCUUCUUCUUCUCCUUCUUCCUCUUCCUCUUCUUCUUCUUCUUCUGGUUCUUCUUCUUUUUCUUCAUCUUCUUCUUCUUCUUGUACUUCUUCAUCUUCUUCUUCAUCUUCUUCUUCUUAUUCUCAUCCUAGAACCUCGAAAAACAAAGUUGGAAAAUUUUCUGAUUCUGCCGUAUCAAAAUCGGAGCAAUCCAAGACAGUUGUCAAAUUUUCAGAAGAAAAAAAAAUCAAGAAACGCUUAAACGGUAAUGAGGGCAUAGAUUGCAACUCAGGGACAACAUUUGCUGAGGCAUUGGGAAUGUGUUCGGCACCACAUGUGCGAAAAAAAUCAAUUCCAGUGUCUCCAAGUUCACCAGUGAUAAAAAUAAAAACAGAGGUCAAUGCUAUGGUGUCGAAACCAAAUUCAAUAAAGACUGACAUUCUAGCUAAAGAAGAUGGAUUGUCACUCCUAGGACCAAAUGUUAAAUUAGAACCAUUGAGUGUUGAUCUUGCAUCAACCCUGCCUGAAAUUAGCACCAACUACAAACCACUGCCAAUCAAUAAUUACCUCAAUACAUUAAAUCGAAAGAUGGAGGAGGAUAAGGUGCUUAAUGAUGCGAUUUAUGCGAAGAAUAUCAGGACAAAAGUUUACUCAGGCAAUAAAUCAGGAUACACCAGUGUUCCUAGUCUCUAUGAUUUAUGCAUCAGAGUUUUAAUAGAGAAUAUUGAUGCGCUAGAAGCGACUGGAGGUGUGCCAUACGAUAUUCUUAAACCCGUCUUGGAGAGGGCUACACCUGAUCAACUCUUUAUGCUUGAACAUCAUAAUCCAUAUCUUAUAGAGGAUACUGAUUCGCUUUGGCAAUUCCAUUGUAAUAGAGAAUUCAGGAAUAAACAGAGAGAGGAGAUGGAGAGCUCAAGAGAAAUGUACAUGAGGUGUCUAGAUGAAAGGGAGGCCAAAUUGAAGACUCUGACUGCUAAUAUCAAACAGUCUAUUGAUAAGUCUGUACCUGUGAGGUCUGCCAAACUGGCUUUUGUUGACAAUAUUGUUAAACCUCCCAGGAAUGUUUUAAGAAAGCAGGCUAAGUAUGGCACUGCUCGGUCAUCAACAAUUACCUCAGACCUAAAGAAAAAAAUCAUUACCGGGGCACAUUCUGCUACUAACAUUGCUGUUCCUUCACCUCCAAUGUCACGGCUUAGAACUUCAUCCUCCGGAAUUAUUAAGAAAAACAAAGCACCGCUUAUGGCAAAAGCUCUCCAGCUCAUUAAAGGACGAUACAAGCGAUGAAUUAUCAAUUAAUAUAUUAAGUCUAAUCUGCUUUAAAAAUCUCUAAGGUAAUCCUCUUUGAAUGCUCUUAUUCGUAUAUUGUAAUUGUAAUUUGUGAUUUUUUAAUUCUCGUCAUAAACGUGUCUCGAAAUAUACGUCGUUAAAUUAAUGUUUAGACUCGUAACGAUCAAUCACUAAUGUUUUACUAUUAUUAUUAUUAUUAUUAUUAUUAUUAUUAUUAUUAUUAUUAUUAUUAUUAUUAUUAUCGUAUUGUAUUUUUUCUUUUCCUUUUGAAAUGUAUGAUUUUAAAGGCCAAUUUUCAUUUAUAUCAACAUGUUAAAAAUACAUCACUGUUAUCCAUUCAAUUGCUAAGCGAUUUAUCUGCUACAAUUUUAAAUAACUCUCAAAUUGUAAGAAAUACUCGAUUGUAGAAUUCCUUCUACAUAGUUGAAAAUUUAUGUAAAUACUUUAAAAGAAAACAAUAAUUACAUGUAUAAUUGAAUACGAAUACAUUGAAUCCGAAUAAAAUUCAAUGCUAACAAAUGACAAAAUCAAUGGAGCGAAUUUGUUGAUUUUAUGUAUUGAAUGAGUAAUUGUACAUAUACAGGAUUGAUGUAUAUCCACAGGAUGCUGCUAUUAUUAAUCAAUGAGAAAAUUAAAUAGAUAUCAUUUAAGCCCAGUCAUUAUAAAUUCUUAUUACUUGGCGAUUGAAAUAAAGAGUAUCUCUCAUUGA